AUGCUUCCUGAGGUAGAGUUAAAAGCUUAUGAAAACUCAAGGUUGUACAAAGAACGAAGGAAAAGGUGGCCUGACAAGCAUAUCAUGCGGCGAGGAUUUCAUAAAGGAGAGUUAGUUUUACUAUUCAACUCUCGAUUGAAGCUAUUUCCUGGUAAGCUUCGCUCAAGGAGGUCUGGUCCAUUCAAAAUCUUUAAGGUCUUUCCGUAUGGCUCGGUAGAGAUUUGGAGUGAAGCAACUGGCUCAUUUAAGAUAAAUGGACAACGUCUUAAGCACUAUCGAGAAGGUGAACCUAUUGAAGGGACGACGGUUUACACACUUUUCGACCCUUAUUCAGAGUGA